AAUUGUCCUCUCUCCGGGAAGUUACCGGAACCGCGCAGGGUGGCCCGGCUUCUGCUGGGCUUGGGUCCUUGCGGAAAGCUCUAUUGUCAAAGAUGUAGAGACGCCGGGCUUUGUGGCGCAGGCUUGUCCUCCUGGCUCUUCAGAAGCCGCGCAGCCUGCAGCGAGUUCCCAGCCCGGCCACUUGACAGAGACCCUGUCUCAAGCAGUGCGUUUAAAAAAGCGCGCUGGCGAGGUGACUCAGCGGAUGAAGGCGCUUGCCGCCACCUGAGCUCGACCCCCGGAUCCCACACGGUGUGAGGUGAAACGACUCCUGCAAGUUGUCCUGAACUGCACACGCGAGCUCCGUGGCACGCUCGCUGCCCCGGAAAUAAAGUGAAUUUUUAAAAAGACUAGUUUCCAGGGGAGAAGAAAAGAGACCGCAGAGUGCAAAGCCCUACGUGGGACAGCUAGGGGCUGGGGAGGUGACUACCCACGUGGCAGCUCACAGCCACGUGUGACUCCAGCUCCAGGGGAUCCGAACCCCUCAUACAGACGUGCAUAAUAAUAAAAUGAGUGGGCCGGCUAUCAUCGAGUCAGAAACCGUUGGGAGAGGGGCAGCGAAAAGAUCUUAGAUCCGGAGGUAGUGGAGAUCUACAUCGAAACAGUACUUGGCAGACACAGUGCUGUCACACACAGGAUGUGACCUGUGAUGCCAUGCACGAGGUCAUGUCAGCAGCCAAAAUCCCAGCGCGCAUCGGGGAGGCUCAUAAAGGCUCCCAACCCCUGGCUGACCCUGCAAGCUGGUGGCUGCUGGGGCAGAGGCAGUUUUUGCUUGUUGUUUUUUAAAGGAAUUCCUCUCCAGAUGACGCAACAUUUGUUUGUGGGUGCAUGUGUUCUACAACAUGCAUGUGGACAGAGAACUUGGGAGAGUCAGUUUUCUUCUGAAGUGUGGUUCUCUGAGGGAUCAGACUCAGUCAGGCUUGAUGAGCCGUCUUGUCUGUCAGCCCUAGUGCUGCUUUCUUAACCCAUAAACCUAAGUAAGUUAGAGGGAUCUUUGGGGUCCUGUGUGUUUGUGUGUUUGUUUGUUUGUUUGUUUGUUUGAGACAGAGUCUUUCUACAUAACUCUGGCUACUGAACCAGCCUGGUUUCAGACUCACAGAGAUCUGCUUGCCUCUGCCCCAUGUGCUGGGAUUAAAGGCUUGUACCACCACAGAAACAGUGCAUUAUUAAUAAUAAGUACUCAAUAAACAUUUACUGGAUGAACAAACGGGCAGUGUUAUCUUUUCCCCGAUUUACUCUAAGCACCCUCUGAUGCACAAAGCCACUUUUAUACCCUGAUGCUUCCCUGAGCUGGGAGCUCUUACACAUCUCAGGAUACCUCGAGUCCACACCUCUGUGCCCAGCUGCACCCUUGCUUUCAAAAGGGAUGACGUCCUCCGGUAGAGCCCUUGCAGUAGGCAGAGUCUGUAGGGCAGGGCCUGCGCCUUUAAUCCGGGCCCCACCUGCUCUGGUCAGACAGGUUUGGAGACACAGGCAAGGGAGGCAGCCUGGGAAAUACUUGCAGAGCCAGCCAGGAGCUGAGCAGUUCCUUUCCGGGAGAUCCUCCGCCUCUCUGCAGAUGUAAAGUAAGAGGGUAUCACGGGUCCAAAGGGCAGGGGUAGGAGGGGCCCUAGAGGUGAAUGAAGAGAUCCCUGUCCAGAAGCAGUGAGCUGGAGGGUGGCAGGAGAGGAAGACUUGGGACCAGCCACACUAGAGCCUGACUCUGAGUGGAGCCCAGCCCGGCUGAAUCGGGUGAGACUGGCAAGGGGAGAGGUUGGGAAAUGACUGUGCUCUUGGAAUAGGGACUAAGGAACUGAGGAUCUGGCAACUGGCGUCGUUGCCAGGAGUUCCAGGAGGAUCUACAGGGCAAAGGGCAGGUGGAAGGAAGGACGGAGGGCCAGUUUCUCUUUCUAUAGGAUGAUCCUUGGUUGUAAAGAAACUCAGCCCAGUCCUAGACACCUCAGCCUCCCGUUCCAAAGGUAGGGUGGCCACGAACCCAGGAGUUUUGGUGGAGAGGGUAGAAAGCAGGUGUGGGUAGAGACAGGCCACAGCUGCCUCUGCUUGUGUCCCCUGACCCACCCUUGUCCUGCCGGACGGCAUUUAUUUUGAAAGCGAUCCGAUCCACCAUUUCACUCCUCUUCUGCCCGCCUCUCUGUUUCAACACCUUCUCCCCACAGUCCCAUGAGGCCGGCUGCUCUGGGAAGUUCUAGGUCUGAGAAACUGUCUGGGGCCAGAAGACGAGGUGUUCAAACUUCUCCCACUCCCUAUGGGAUGACACUGCCUUGUGGUAGACCUCAGCUCUGAAGCCUCACAAUGACAGAACCGGAGACACUGGCCCUGCUGGACCUGAAGGAAACCGAGACUCCAGACAAGAGCCCACUGCAGGCGUUAGGACAGCAGCCAGAGGAAGAAGGUGGGACUGAGUCCCCUGGAGCUGAGUCCCUCAGAGUGGCGUCUUCAGUAGGGUCUCCCAUGGUGAGAGAGGGGCCUGAGGAUGUUCCAGACAGCACAAUAAGUGAGGCUGCCACUUUACCCUGGGGAACUGACCCCCAUCUCAGCGCCGCACUUCCGGAUCCCCCGGGCUGGCGAGAUAUCGAACCAGAGCCCCUAGAGGCUGAGGCACCUGCUAAGUCGGAGGAACCCCUCAAAGAGGAUGCCAGCCUGCUCCCCGAGAAGACAGUUAGGGCCUUCGUGCCCAUUGACCUACAGUGCAUCGAGCGGAAGCCGCAGGAGGAGCGCAUCGUACAUCAUCGGGAGGCUGCACCAGGCGAGCUCAGGAAUUUCCUGCCGCCCCGACUCUGCCACCCGGAGCCCCCGGAGCGCAAGUGGGCCGAGGCCGUCGUGAGACCCCCUGGCCGGUCCUGCGGGGGUUGUGGAAGCUGCGGAGGCCGUGAGGCCCUGAGAGCUGUGGCCUCGGUGGUGGCUGCCCUCAUCUUCUUCCCCUGCCUGCUGUACGGAGCGUACGCCUUCCUGCCUUUCGACGCUCCGAGGCUGCCCACCAUGAGCUCCCGCUUGGUCUACACCCUCCGCUGUGGGGUCUUUGCCACCUUCCCCAUCGUGCUCGGGCUCCUUGUGUACGGGCUGAGCCUAUUGUGCUUUUCGGCCCUGCGGCCCUUCGGCGAGCCGAGGCGGGAAGUGGAGAUCCACCGGCAGUACGUGGCCCAGUCCGUCCAGCUCUUCAUUCUCUACUUCUUCAACCUGGCUGUGCUGUCCACCUAUCUGCCCCAGGACACACUCAAGCUGCUUCCCCUGCUCACCGGUCUGUUUGCCAUAUCUCGGCUGAUUUACUGGUUGACCUUUGCUGUGGGCCGCUCCUUCCGAGGCUUUGGCUACGGCCUGACUUUCCUGCCACUCUUGGCCAUGCUGAUGUGGAACCUCUAUUACAUGUUCGUGGUGGAGCCAGAGCGCAUGCUCACUGCCUCCGAGAGCCGCUUGGACUACCCUGACCAUGUCCGGUCUGUUUCCGACUACAGGCCCCGCUCGUGGGGCUGAGCUAGCUGCGCAGCAGUCACAUGCCUGGCUUUUGCCGGGGCAAUGGACCUUUGAUGCGAGGAACCUUGCUACUUCCCCAUUGGGGUCCCGUACCCCUGUUUCUCCUAGAUGCUGCUCUACCCCAGAGCCCGUGGGCCGGAGGGAGAGACUGGAGAAGCACACUUCCUUCUUGGGCAGCUUCCCACCGUAGCCCAGGAGCGACAGCUGCAUGGUUCUCUCCCUCCCUAGCUUCCGGUGGGUGAGUCAGGGGCGCAGAGCCACAGCCCAACCCGAACCGCCUGUGCCAGCGGUCUAGGUGAGAGUCUAGGAGAAGGAAAACCUGCCAACGCCCAGGGGGGGAAGCUGAUGUCUUACCAGGAGUUGGGGAAAACCUUUCUGGGGGCCUGGGUUCAGGACCCGCUACCACUGGCCUCAGGACUCUUUGGCCUCAGCCAGGACUGUUCUAUAUAGCUGUUGUCUUCCCGCUCCCUUUACAUGGGUCCCUGUAACCUUCUAUUUUUCAAACUUCCGAGAAGUCCCCCUGUCAGGGGGAAGGGCAUAGAGAUAAAACCUACAACAGAACCAACCGUGUAUGAACUCCAUGGGGGUGAGGAAGGCAGAGGGCUGCCAGCCCAGCGUAUUUCAGAGAACAUGUAAUAAAUCACUGCCAGACUCCUG